AUGGAAGUGUUGACGCUGUGGCUUCUCCCCUGGAUAUUUCAGUGCGUUUCGGUGCGGGCGGACUCCAUCAUCCACAUCGGUGCCAUAUUUGAGGAGAAUGCAGCUAAGGACGAUGAGGUUUUCCAACUGGCUGUGUCAGACCUCAGCCUCAAUGAUGACAUUCUGCAGAGUGAGAAGAUCACCUAUUCCAUCAAGUUCAUAGAAGCCAAUAACCCCUUCCAGGCAGUGCAGGAAGCCUGCGACCUGAUGACACAGGGUAUCCUGGCCUUAGUUACGUCCACAGGCUGUGCAUCUGCCAAUGCCCUGCAGUCGCUCACGGAUGCCAUGCACAUCCCGCACCUCUUCGUCCAACGUAACCCAGGGGGCUCCCCCCGAACAGCAUGCCACCUGAACCCCAGCCCAGAAGGGGAGGAGUACACACUGGCUUCACGUCCACCCGUUCGCCUGAAUGAUGUCAUGCUCAAGCUGGUCACGGAGCUACGGUGGCAGAAAUUCAUUGUGUUCUAUGACAGCGAUUAUGAUAUCCGUGGGUUGCAGAGCUUUCUGGACCAGGCCUCCAGAUUGGGGCUUGACGUAUCUUUACAAAAGGUGGACAGGAACAUCAGCCGAGUAUUCACCAGCCUCUUUACCACCAUGAAGACUGAGGAACUAAAUCGCUACCGGGAUACUCUACGUCGGGCAAUCCUGCUGCUUAGUCCUCAUGGGGCCCAGACAUUCAUCAAUGAGGCAGUGGAAACCAACCUGGCUUCCAAGGACAGUCACUGGGUGUUUGUUAAUGAGGAAAUCAGUGACCCAGAAAUACUGGAACUUGUGCACAGUGCACUGGGAAGAAUGACUGUGGUCCGGCAGAUCUUCCCAUCGGCAAAGGAUAGCCAGAAGUGCACAAGGAACAACCAUCGCAUCUCCUCAUUGCUCUGUGAUCCACAGGAAGGCUAUCUCCAAAUGUUGCAGGUGUCUAACCUCUACCUGUACGACAGUGUGUUGAUGCUGGCAAAUGCCUUCCACCGAAAGCUGGAAGAUAGGAAGUGGCAUAGCAUGGCAAGCCUGAACUGUAUGCGGAAGUCUACCAAACCUUGGAAUGGGGGCCGAUCCAUGCUAGACACUAUCAAGAAGGGCCACAUCACUGGCCUCACAGGGGUGAUGGAGUUCCGAGAAGACAGCUCCAAUCCCUACGUCCAGUUUGAAAUUCUCGGCACCACUUACAGCGAGACCUUUGGCAAAGACAUGCGCAAGCUGGCGACUUGGGACUCAGAGAAAGGUCUGAAUGGCAGCCUGCAGGAGAGGCACACAGGCAGUCACCUCCAUGGACUGACACUCAAAGUGGUGACUGUCUUGGAAGAACCUUUUGUGAUGGUGGCAGAGAAUAUACUUGGGCAACCGAAGCGCUACAAAGGCUUUUCCAUUGAUGUCCUGGAUGCCCUAGCCAAGACCCUAGGAUUCAAGUAUGAAAUUUAUCAAGCUCCUGAUGGCAAAUAUGGUCACCAACUCCAUAACACCUCCUGGAAUGGGAUGAUUGGGGAACUCAUCAAUAAGAGAGCAGACAUGGCGAUCUCGGCCAUCACCAUCACACCAGAGCGGGAGAGUGUCGUAGACUUCAGCAAACGGUACAUGGAUUAUUCAGUGGGGAUUCUCAUCAAGAAGCCAGAAGAGAAAAUCAACAUUUUCUCUCUCUUUGCUCCUUUUGACUUUGCUGUUUGGGCCUGCAUCGCAGCAGCCAUCCCUGUGGUUGGUGUCUUGAUAUUUGUACUGAACAGAAUACAGGCCGUCAGGUUGCAGAACUCUUCACAGUCUAGUCCAUCAGCGUCCUCCACCCUUCACAGUGCCAUAUGGAUUGUCUAUGGAGCCUUUGUACAGCAAGGUGGAGAAUCACCCACAAACUCCAUGGCCAUGCGCAUUGUCAUGGGGAGCUGGUGGCUUUUCACCCUGAUUGUCUGCUCGUCUUAUACAGCAAACCUGGCUGCCUUCCUCACAGUGUCACGGAUGGACAACCCAAUAAGAACAUUUCAGGAUCUGUCCAAACAAAUGGAUAUAUCUUAUGGCACAGUCAGAGACUCAGCUGUAUAUGAAUACUUUAGAGCCAAGGGGACCAAUCCCUUGGAACAGGACAGCACAUUUGCUGAGCUUUGGAAGACCAUCAGCAAGAACAAUGGGGCUGAUAACUGUGUCUCCAACCCUUCUGAAGGCAUCAGGAAGGCAAAGAAAGGAAAUUACGCGUUUCUGUGGGAUGUUGCAGUGGUGGAAUACGCAGCCCUGACAGAUGAUGAUUGCUCAGUGACCGUAAUUGGCAACAGUAUCAGCAGUAAGGGCUAUGGCAUAGCACUUCAGCAUGGCAGCCCCUACAGGGACCUCUUUUCUCAGAGGAUCCUGGAGCUACAGGAUACUGGUGACUUGGACGUUCUCAAACAAAAAUGGUGGCCACAUAUGGGUCGCUGUGACCUGAAUAGUCACACAAGUGCUCAGACGGAUGGCAAGUCCCUGAAACUACACAGUUUUGCUGGCGUGUUCUGCAUCCUUGCUGUGGGCCUCCUCCUUGCGUGCCUGGUGGCAGCCCUGGAGCUAUGGUGGAACAGCAACCGCUGCCAUCAGGAAACACCAAAAGAGGACAAAGAAGUGAAUUUGGAGCAAGUACAUAGACGUAUGAACAGCUUAAUUGAUGAAGAUAUAGCUCACAAGCAGAUUUCUCCUGCAUCUAUUGAGAUCUCAGCCUUGGAGAUCGGUGGCAUGCCGCCCAGCCAGACCUUGGAGCCGGUUCGCGAGUACCAGAACACUCAGCUUUCGGUCACCACCUUCUUGCCUGAACAGAGCAGUCACGCGGCCAGUCGGACACUAUCAGCAGCAGCAGGCAGUAAUCUGCCACUGCCUCUCAGCAGCUCAGCAACCAUGCCCUCAAUACAGUGCAAACACAGAUCUCCCAACGGGGGACUGUUUCGUCAGAGCCCCGUGAAGACCCCUAUCCCCAUGUCAUUUCAGUCUGUGCCUGGGGGCGUCAUUCCAGAGGCUAUGGAAACUUCCCAUGGAACAUCCAUAUGA